CCCCUCCGAGGGUUUCCAUCUCCUUCUUCUUCUUCCUUCUCUCUUUUUCCUCUUUCUAUUUCCUUUUUCGAUUGCGAUUCUCCUCUUCUUCUUCUUCGUUCUCCUUCUUCCUCUUCCUCGAGCCCUAAAUCCGGCAGGAACCACCAUCUCCGUAGCUCCGAGCUCCGAAGAUGCAGCAGCAGCAGCAGCAGCAGCAGCAGAGGCUGAGGCAGCAGGCGAUGAUGCAGCAGUCGCUCUACCCUCAUCCCGGCCUCCUUGCUGCUCCCCAGAUAGAGCCUAUCUUGAGUGGGAAUCUGCCUCCUGGCUUUGAUUCAAGUACAUGCCGCAGUGUGUAUGUGGGAAACAUUCACCCUCAGGUUACAGAUCUUCUUCUUCAAGAGGUUUUCUCUAGUACUGGUUCCAUUGAAGGGUGUAAACUAAUCCGGAAAGAGAAGUCAUCCUAUGGAUUUGUGGACUACUAUGACCGGAGAUCUGCUGCCCUUUCCAUUGUGACUCUCAAUGGAAGGCACUUGUUUGGUCAACCUAUCAAGGUUAACUGGGCAUAUGCUAGUAGCCAGAGGGAGGACACAUCAGGGCAUUUUAAUAUUUUUGUUGGUGAUCUAAGCCCAGAGGUUACAGACGCCACAUUAUUUGCGUGUUUCUCUGUUUAUUCUACUUGCUCAGAUGCUAGGGUCAUGUGGGAUCAGAAGACUGGACGUUCAAGGGGUUUUGGUUUUGUUUCAUUCCGAAAUCAACAGGAUGCCCAGAGUGCAAUAAACGAUAUGAAUGGGAAGUGGCUCGGAAGUCGACAGAUCCGAUGCAACUGGGCAACAAAAGGUGCAAAUUCUGGUGAGGAUAAGCAGAGUUCAGAUGCCAAAAGUGUAGUGGAGCUAACAAGUGGAACAUCAGAUGAUGGUCAAGAGAGGACUAGUGAUGAUGCUCCAGAGAACAAUCCCCAAUACACGACCGUCUAUGUUGGCAAUCUUGCACCGGAGGUUACUUCCGCUGACUUGCAUCGACAUUUUCAUUCCCUCGGUGCUGGAGUCAUAGAGGAUGUUCGGGUGCAACGCGAUAAAGGUUUUGGUUUUGUUAGAUACAGUACCCACGGUGAAGCAGCGCUGGCUAUCCAAAUGGGCAAUGCUCGGCUUCUCUGUGGUAAACCAAUUAAGUGUUCGUGGGGUAGCAAACCUACGCCUCCGGGAACGAGUUCCACUCCUCUUCCGCCGCCAAUGGUCCCACAAAUGCCUGGUUUCUCGGCCGCGGAGCUUGCCGCCUACGAAAGGCAGAUAGCACUGAGCAAAAUGGCUGGCAUGCAAGGCCUCAUGCAUCCUCAAGCACAGCACAUGCUUAAGCAGGCAGCCAUGGGAAUGGGCGCUGCUGGAACUAGUCAAGCAAUUUAUGACGGUGGAUACCAGAACGUAGCAACUACUCAGCAGCUUAUGUACUAUCAGUAAUUAUGGUGAGGUGGCCUUCUUCUUUUCCUUUUCGUUGUCAUGUAGGGAGGAGGAAUAAACCUUGAAGAGCCGGCGAUUGAUGUCGGACUGGCUUAUUGUACUGGUGCGUGGAUGCAGUUUGUAUGGUUGACAGUGUGCUCUCCUAUUCUCUAUUGUAAGACUCUUAACAUGAUUUGCCUAUUUGAUAGUUAUGGGGCUUCGGUAUUUAUAUUAUAUAGAAUUUCUUGCGUCUCCCCGCAAGGCAAAGGGAAAAUAAUUCGGCCAUCCUCUGAGGAGAUGAAAGAUGCUGAGACUGCUCUGGCCACUUGGAGGAGAAGGGGGAAGCAAAAUACGGUCAUUAUUGAGUGAUUCUGAUCCCUUUCGAUGAAAUCUACAGUGGCUCGUUGCCUGUGCCUCGUGCCAUUUAUUUAUUAUGCAAACAAGUCGUGAAAAGCCCAUGGCGGCUUUGUUUCGAAAAUACAUUGAUUGAAUGCUUGUGUUAUGAAAAUGGAGAUGACUGUAACUGUUGUGUGAUUA